AGUCAUUAAGCCGAACGUAAAUGUAUAUUUGACACUGCCUCCUGUGACACGGCUGGAAAAAAGAUCUGCACAGAGCAUUACUCUCACAGACAGGCGACUUCUGCAGCCAGGUUCUGUUGGGCAUUGGUGACUUGGAAAUGAAACUUUGGCUGUGUUUAUCACUAUUGCCACUGGUGACCAGCAUCUGGCCGGAUCCGCCGCAUGACAAUUAUGAAGAGGACUGUCUCGAUGUAGCCAUCAUUGGUGCGGGAAUUGCUGGCACGUACACCGGCUACCGUCUGAGGAACAGAGGUCUGAGGAUGGCCAUUUUUGAAUACUCAGACAGAAUUGGAGGCCGAAUGUUCACUGCUGAGAUCCCCACAGUUACCGGGACGACUGUGGACUUUGGAGCGAUGAGGUUAAAACCCAGUGAACACACUUACCUCGUGAACACCGCAAGACAACUAGGACUCAGAAUUGUUGACUUUCCUUUAAACUUUGGCAACCCCAAUGAAACGGUGUAUUACCUCCGUGGUCGUCACCUUCGGACAGAAGAACUUGGUGGACCACGGACGCCGUACAAUCUGAGGCCACAGGAGAGACUCAAGCCACUUGACCUUCUGUGGCGGCUGUACACGACGUACACCAACAUGAGCACUGAUGGCUACCCUUCUGAGUCCGAGAUAUACAGGAUAUACACGACUGACGGCGUGCCGCUAUACACAAUCACCAUGGACGAAUUCCUAGCUCGUUAUGCUAGCAGAGAGGCCUACAACUAUUUACAUGAUGCCCUUGUCUGGGAACACGCUACAGGAAGGUUUGGUGCUUUGAUAGGUCUGAUUUUCCUGGAAUACGGCGGUGUAGAUUCCUUCGCUGACCUGAAAACUAUCGAUAAUGGCAUGGAUCAGGUGCCUAAAACACUCCUCACCAGAUACUUACUGUCCAGUCUCAGACAUUCGAUUCACCUAAAUCGUCAGCUGGUGGCUAUACAAGGUCGGCCUGGCAACUACAAGUUGACAUUCCGCUGCACACAGACUGUCGAUGGCUAUACUACACCCACUAAGUAUCCAGAGAGGCAUGUGUGUGCCAGAAAGGUUGUCUUAGGUGUACAGAAGGAUUGUGUGGAGCAGGUGAAUUUCGCGCCGUACAGACUCAGCCGAGAAUUCCGCCGGCAGGUUAACGCUGUACGCCCAGUCCAGGCUCAGAAAAUAUUUCUUGCCUACCAGUACCAAUGGUGGAAGAGAGGAAACGCCGACAUUACCCAUGGGCGUUGCGAUCUGCCCAGCGACUUCACCUACGACUGGCGUAGGGGCACCAACGGCUACUACAUCCACCUGCCGUCUUACAGUGACGGAUCAGCUAGUGUUGCCAGCUGGCGGGAACUUCAGAACCAAGGCAGCACCAUAUAUGGUAGCAUGCCAGGAGCUCAAAGAGUCACCACAGCAGUGCGGAAAAGGAUACACACCUACAUGAGCAGAUUGUACAGAAUACCCGAGGCAGAUAUACCUCCAACUGUGGGCGGGGCCAUGCAACUGUGGGACACAUACCCAUAUAAGGCAUCCUGGCAUUUUUUCAAACCAGGAUUCAAUAUGGAGCAGACCCGGGAUUACAUGCUGAAGCCAUUCCCCGACCAUGACGUCUUCCAUGUCUCCGGGUCCUGGUGGCCAAACAAGCUUCAGAGUUGGUCCGAGGCAGCACUGAGAGCAGUUGAUCUUGCCGUCCGACGUUAUCUGUAGCCUCUUGUCCAAUCUCUGAGUUACAACCUUACUUAGGAAAUAAAGCUGCUUCGUGUCCUUUA